AUGGAAACAUCAUUGGUUUUCUUUUCUCAAUUAAAUAUGUGUGAACCAAAAGAAAAAACUUUUUUCAAGUUAAUAUAUGGUUCGGGAAAAGAAGAAACAAGCAAAGAAGCCAAAAUCAGAGCUAAGGAAAAAAGAAAUAGGCUAAGUCUUCUUGUGCAGAAACCUGAGUUUCAUGAAGAUACUCUUUCCAGCAGAUCUGGGCAAUUGGCCAAAGAAACAAGAAUCUCUCCUGAAGAAGCAGUGAUAUGGGGUGAAUCAUUUGACAAACUGCUUUCCCAUAAAGAUGGACUGGAGACUUUUACCAGAUUUCUUAAAACUGAAUUCAGUGAGGAAAACAUUGAAUUUUGGAUAGCCUGUGAAGAUUUCAAGAAAAGCAAAGACCCUCAACAAAUAAUUCAUAAAGCAAAAGCAAUAUAUGAGAAAUUUAUACAGAAUGAUGCUCCACAAGAGGUUAACCUUGAUUUUCACACCAAAGAAAUCGUCACCAGGAGCAUCACCCAACCCACCCUCCACAGUUUUGAUGCUGCACAAAGCAGAGUGUAUCAGCUCAUGGAACAAGACAGUUACACACGUUUUCUGAAAUCUGACAUCUAUUUAGACUUGAUAGAAGGAAGACCUCAGAGACCAACAAAUCUUAGAAGACGAUCACGUUCAUUUACCUACAAUGAAUUCCAGGAUGUAAAGUCAGAUGUUGCCAUUUGGUUAUAA